CCUGGUCAGCGUUGCCAUGGUGACAGGAGCCACCUCGCGCUCGGGAAUUGUCCCGGAACUGUGCUGAGUGCUUGAGGGAUACUGUCUUAACUUCAGCCCCGGCGCCCUGUUCCACCUCGCCUUACAGAUGUCGUGGCUUAUGUGGAAGUGUGGUCAGCCAACGGAACAGAAAAUUAUUCAAAGACGUUUACAAACCAACUGGUGGCUAUGGGGGCAAAGGUUUCAAAAACUUUUAACAAACAAGUGACCCACGUGGUGUUCAAAGACGGGUACCAGAGCACGUGGGACAAAGCGCAGAAGAAAGGCGUGAAGCUUGUUUCGGUGCUCUGGGUCGACAAGUGCAGGACGGCUGGAGUGCACGUCGACGAGGCCCUGUUUCCUGCAGCUAACACUCCUGCAUGCUUGCCAUACCUGAGCAAGAAAAAGCAUAAGUGUAUGCAGCCCAAAGAUUUUAUUCCUAAAACACCAGAAAAUGAUAAGAGACUUCAAAAGAAAUUUGAGAAAAUGGCUAACGAGCUACAGAGGCAGAAAACAACUCUCGAUGAUGACAGACCUGCUCUCUUAUUUGAUUCCGACGGUUCACUGAUGUACAGUCCCACAAUUAAAAUGUACAGCGGCCAUCACAGCGCAAUGGAAAAGAGAUUGCAGGAGAUGAAGCAGAAAAGGGAAAAUCUCUCCCCUACCUCUUCCCAAAUGAUUGAAAAGUCUUAUGAUGACCCAGUUAACUCUUCCUGCGAAGCAUCUUUGAACAUUUCACAUGAUACUUUACGUUCAGAUGAGUCUCUUGCUGGCGGCCGGCAUUUAUCCUUUGAUGACCUUUGUGGGAACUCGGGAUGUGGGAGUCAGGAGAGGGGACUGGGAGGAUUUGCCCCCACAGUCACAAGUGAUGCACGUGGUUCCUGGCCUGUGCCUAGAGCCAGUGGCGCCUGCCCGUGGCCCUCUCCCGGGCACCUCUGUCCCCUGCCUGCGCCGGAGUCUGUGAGUGACCCUUCGAAGGGAGAGGUACAUGGGCAGCGAGGUCCUGUGAGUGGCGCCGUCACCACCGUCCCUUCUGGCCAGAAGCUGUCACGGGGAGUGUCUGAGGAAACGUCCGAUGAGAAGAAGGACAGCUCGUGUCCUGUGUUCCCUGCAGCCAGAGGCCACCGUGCGGGACAGUCACGGCCCAGGAGCUCCUCAGCAAAGAGGAAAAGAGCGCCAGAGCUCUUAGACCCACCUGGGCAGGAGAGACCGGGCAAGAGGAAGAGCAGCAGGCGCCCCGCGCGGGACCUGUGGCUGCAGGCGUCGGGGGGCAGCGCGGCCGCACCCGCCCUGCACACGCCUGGCGGCGGGGCGUCCUCCUACGAGUCCUCGUAUGACGACUAUUUUUCGCCCGAUAACCUGGAGGAGAGGGGCGCAGAGACCCGUCCGGGGCGCCCGCCGUCCCCGGGCCCUGCUCCGCCCGGCCGCAGAGCCCAUCUCUCUAAGAGAAGGAGAGCAGGCGUCUUGGCGAUGUGCGACCUGUCCUGCAUUGGCGGAGACCCCAGGGCAGGUGACGUGACCAAUUGGACUGCCAAGGCCAACUCUGCUUUUCAGAGAUGGAGAGGUGACGUGGCGGGCUCGGCCGCAGGGCGCGUGGCGCCUGCAGAGGCCCCCGGGUGUCAGGAUGGAGAAGGCGUGGGCCCUGCCGGGCGCAGCUCCCCUCCCGGGGCCACCGAGCCGGCGUGGAGAGCCCGCGGAGCCCCAGGGGGCCGGGCUGACGACCCGCCCGCAGGAGGGAGCCGUGGAGACACGGAGGAGCCGGUCGGCCUGGAGGCCGUGCAGAGGGAAGAUGCCGCUUGGAGCGUGUCGAGCCCCUCUGCAGGUGUUAAAAAUGGACCGACAAGGCGUGAUGCUUUCGAAGGCUCGCAGGAAGGCUGUAAGCACCUCGUCAGACCUCAUGAGGAAUCCGAAAAGAGAAGGAAAGGCCAAAAGCCAACGAGGACAUUAGUCAUGACAAGCAUGCCAUCUGAAAAGCAGAUCAUCGUCGUCCAGGUCGUGGACAAACUGAAAGGCUUCUCCUUCGCCCCCGAAGUGUGCGACACCACCACACACGUGCUGGCCGGAGGCCCGCGGCGCACGCUGAACGUGCUGCUGGGCCUGGCGCGCGGCUGCUGGGUCCUGGCCUUCGAGUGGGUACUGUGGUCUUUGGAACUGGGUCAUUGGAUUUCCGAGGAACCGUUCGAACUUUCUGACUCCUUCCCUGCAGCUCCUAUUCCAUCGCUCGGCACGAGGUCUGCGCCUUUGAAAACUACCUGUUGCUGCAGUGACGGAGGCGUCACUCCACGGGUGGCUGCUGCACACGGCUCGGGAGUUGGCUUUGGACGUUCAGAUGAGACACAAAUGUGUGACGAGAAGGAACUGACCCAGACAGGAUGCCUCUCAGAUCGUCACGUUUGCCCCGUGUGUUGCGGGUUCUCCACGAAGAAGCCCCUUUGUGUGACUUUCUGACGAGCACACGUGUUUCAGAGAAACAUCGACUCGCCCUUCGGGGGCCUGUGCCAGGUGAUGCCGGUCUUUGUACCUGAGCGAUGAUCAUAAUUAAAAAGCCACAGAACUUUUAUAAUUCAUUCGUUAAAUAAAGAGUGUGAAUUAAGUUGUCUCGUUA